CGCGCCAGGCGCGCAUGUGCGGCGCCGCGAGUGCCCGCGGUUCGGAAGCGCGCGGGCUGGCGGUUAGUCCGGCGCUGGUAGCCGCGGGGAAUGAGGGGGAGGAUGAGUGCUUCGGCGGGGAAGAGCGAGCCGUGGAUGGAAACCGAAAUACGGCAAAUCUUGGACUCCUUGCUGCGGGAGUUUCCAAACCCGCUAGGCCCUGAGGAUCCGUUACCCGUGCAGCUGGAGAGCGCGUUGUUGAGCUGGGAGGAAGUGGAGGGAGAGAGCGUCGACAUGGGGCUGAAGCUGCUGCAGGACAGAAAUCUGCCCUCCAUCUUUGCUGCUGCCCUGAUGCAUACUGCCAUUACCCACAUGCAACAGCUGGAUAUCUCUGUUCUUACGAACAAAAAGGAACCUGAUGAGGAUGAAGAACAGCUUGUCUUGCUGGAUGGAGAACUGGUGGCUCGAACAGUAUUUAACAAAUUGCUGGAGGUAUGCUGUGAUUGGAUAAAAGAACCACAAUUGCUACAAGUACCAAAGCGGUACUUAAAAGUUUCCAGUCAUGCGAUUCGGAACACACGGCGAAAGAUGGAGGACAGACAUGUAGCAUUGCCUGAGUUUAAUGCUCUGUUUGGUAUUGAGGAUGAGAAAGAGAGGGCAUACUUUGCUGUAUUUGAUGGACACGGUGGAGUAGAUGCAGCUGUCUAUGCUGCAACACACCUGCAUGUCAUUCUUGCUCAUCGGGAAGAGUUUUCUGCACAGCCAGCUGAAGCGUUGAGGAGAGCCUUCAAGCAGACUGAUGAGAUGUUUCUUGAGAGAGCCGAGAGAAAGAAACUGCGAAGUGGUACCACUGGAGUGACAGCGUUAAUUGCUGGCAAUACACUACAUGUGGCUUGGCUCGGUGAUUCACAGGUGAUGAUGGUGCGGCAGGGCCAGGUUGUGACCCUUAUGGACCCACACAAACCUGAAAAAGAGGAUGAAAAACAAAGGAUUGAAGAGCUUGGUGGAUGUGUGAUAUUUCUAGGAUGUUGGCGUGUAAACGGAACACUCGCAGUCUCUCGAGCGAUCGGGGACAUUGAACAAAAGCCUUACAUUUCGGGGGAUGCAGACUGCAGCACGUUUGAACUGGAUGGCAGGGAAGACUACAUCAUUCUAGCCUGUGAUGGUUUUUUUGAUGGAGUUGAACCUUCUAAGGUUGUGCACCUUGUACAAGAGCACUUACAAAAGAACGCAGGUGAUGGCAGUUCUGUUGCAGAGACACUGGUCACAGCUGCCAAAGAAGGUGGAUCUAGUGACAACAUCACUGUGGUGCUGGUCUUUCUGCGAGAUCCACAGAUCAUUCUAAAAGACAGCCAAUCGAAGGCAGGCAAUGAGAAUGCUGGCCUAGACAACAAAUGCUCUGAAGCCAAAGGAAGCUCUGAAGCAAUUCCACCACAGUCAAGUGAGGAUAAAGAUAACCAGACAAAGGAUGUGGCUUGCUGACUGCUGUAUACAUGAAACAAGUUAAUAGUGUUACAUUCAGGGAAUAUAUUUUACUUAGUGGCACCAAAGAAUUGGAGAAAUAAGGGAAUUGGUGUUAAAAUGCCUUUACAUCUUGGCAGAGCUAUGCCUAUAUCAUUUAUAACAAUCCAUUUGAAUCUGAAAUCUCCUGUAAGAUCUUUAAUAAAAUGUGUGAAAACUCAGUAACUUGAGGGUGCAAGAAACUUCAAUAGGAAGAAUAGAAUAGCAUAUCGAAGUCUGUUACGAUAUUGUGCAUUUCCUUAAAUCCCAGGUUUGAAGAUAUAGCUCCUAGAAUCAGAUGCCAUCUCAAUGGAUUUGUGCCAAAUUGUGUUGUAAUGGUGAAUAUUUAACUAGAAUACUUUACUUAACCCUGGUUCAUUGGAAUGGAUGAUAUCAUAUUCCAUGGCUGUAUUUCUUCUGAUUUCACAUGAGCUAUGGCCAGGAAUUGAAAUACCACUUUUGACUUCCUCCAAAUUAACAACACUACGCUGUUUGCACCAUACCUGUUUUGCAACCUCUUCUGGUUCAAGCUGCUUCGUGAGUUUCAUCUGCUUGAACAUUCUGAGAUGGAGGUAUUUUGUGCCAAAAUAAUAAAGGCACGUAGCAUUACCGUAAAGUUUGCUUGACUAACUUAGGGGAUAUUGUGAGAUUAUUUUUGUAAUAAUGAACUUAUUAAUGCCAGUAUGCAAUAUAAAACAUUUUAUUCUACUUCUACUGGCCUAAAUGAACAUCAGUGAUUACUAGAAAGAUCCAUUCUGAGUUUUAUUCUUGGGCUAAGUCCAGCUGGUCCCACUUUUAUGAUGCUGACAAGAUUACCUGAGGUAAAAUUGCAAGCUCACAAGAUUAUAAUUUUUUCCAAAUUAUUUGUUUCUCAAAUACAUGAACUUCUUAAGCACCUUUAUGUACUGAGAUUCUUCUAGCAAAAAGUACAGUUGACAAUCUCGUGCCUUAUUUCGGUCUGUGUGUGCAGUACAAGCCAUGUAAUAAUGUCUACUGCUCUAUGGAUACAUUGCUGGCUAAUUGUUCAGUGCCUUAUACAUCUCUCAACAUCUAUGGUAAUGAUGUUUGCUGUGUAGUGCAGUAUUACUUUGCCAUUUGUCGGGAGAGGGGAAAAUCUUCAAAUAACUUUACUUAAGCAUUUGAUUUGUUACUUAAUUUUGAGUGUUCAGUCUGUUGCUUAUAUCAAAGAAUAUGAACAGAUGAAUGUAUUGUGGUUAUGAAUAAAGUUAGCAACUGGAAUUGAUAUGUGUAGAAAUAUUAGGAUUUUCUGCGUAGUUUACUAAUAACUGGAUGCUAAGUCUUGGAUGCUGUGCAUUUUGAAGAAUUUACUUGUGUAAAAUUCUACAACCACUGACUCUGAAUUUGCAUAAAGCAAUAAGUAAUUCUCAUUAACCUCAAAAGGACCUGUACCCUCAAGUAUGUUUAUUUAAUAAAAUAUUAAAAAGCCAAUGUGCAAAGAACCCAAAUGCACUCCCAGAAAGCUGAAUGAUAAAGUUUUAUUUUGAAACUGUAAAGCUAAUAGCAUAGGCUGCAAUUCAGUCAGGAUUCCACAAGAACCCUUUUGACUAUAAAUCAUUAAUUAUUCUUUUUAAAAAAAAAACUUGUAGGGAUGGUAGUAACCCCCAACAUUGUCCUUUGCCCCACUUUCUUUCGGGAGCUACCGCUGCAUUCUCAACAAUUCCUUCUUGAUAGGAGCAGGAGAGGGCCAUUCAGCCUCUCAGGUCUGCUGUCUCACUGCAAUGCUUCCUUUGUCAUUUCUCUUUGUUAAUUUCUGUUACCAUGAUCUCUUUAUCAGUCCAAGUUUACCAAGGUAGUUUAUUUUCAAUCAGCAGUAAUGGUUAAAAAUGUUUUUGCGAAGAGCAGUCUAUUGCAUUGCCUCUUAGAUGGAGAAAGGCCUCCUACACAGAGCUUGGCAACAUAAAUUUGUAUUCUUAUCUUUCAUACAACUAUAGAUCUUAGCCCCUCGUCUUUUAACCCGAAAAGUUCUUGCUUGAACUUGUUUUUUUUUUCGCUGAAGUGUUGAGAAAGAUUUUGAAAUCUUAUAUUUAACUUGGCCCUUUGUAGCUAAUUCCACCAUUGAGUGCUACUUCUCAACAGUCCAUAUCUGUUUUUUAGUCUGUGGAAUUCAUUGCCAAGGACGGCUGCGGAAGCUGAGUCAUUGGGUAUAUUCAAGCAACACACAUCAAAGUUGCUGGUGAACGCAGCAGGCCAGGCAGCAUCUAUAGGAAGAGGUACAGUCAACGUUUUGGGCCGAGACCCUUCAUCAGGACCUUCAUUGGGUAUAUUUAAAGCAGAGGUUAAGAUGGCCUUGAUUAGUAAGGGUGUCAAAUGUCACAGGAAAAAGACAGGAGAAUGGGGUUGGGAGGGAAAAUGAAUCAGCCAUGAUGGAAUUGCAAAGCAGAUGAUCCAAUUCUGCUCCUAUGUCUUGUGCUCUUACAUUUUUUGUCUUGUUAUAUGAAUUAAGUCAAAUACAUCAAUCUGUUUUUCUCAUUAACUGCCUGCAAAUACAGUUUUUAAAAUUUUCCUUAUUUUAUUACCUUUAAUGAUGUUGGCAUUUUGUGUUUCUGGAUUACUUUUCUGUGUUGGGGGUAGGGAAGAAUAUAGAGAACCAGGAAGCUCUGUACCCUUCUAAGCACCAUUUCUCCUCACUCAUACAGGUUGUAGUUUGAAUAUUGGCCCCACAUUCCGAAAAGGAGAAUGAUAGAGGAGAGAGUUUCAAUGAGCAGGUCCUUUUCAAGAUGGAGGCUUGUAACUAUUGAAUUAUCCCAAAGACUGAUAUUUGGCCCUCAGUUGCUUGCUAUUAAUGUCUGAAGGAGAAAAUGAAAUGUGAGGUUUCCAAGUUUGCAGACAAUACAAAAGUAGGUGGAAGGGAUUGCUGUGCAGAGGGCAUUAUGAUUCUGCAGUGGGAUAUAGAUUGAAAGACUGCGCAAAAAUCCGGUAACUGGAGAUUAAUAUGAGGUCAUGCGCUUUGGUCAGAGCAAUCAAAGGCAUAUUAUCAAAAGAAGGGAGAAUUCAAAUGAAGGUCAUAGACAUCUAGGUGGUCUAGUACAUGAAUCACAACGUUAGCUGGUGGGUCCAAUGUAGUUUUGAAGCAAACAGCAGUUUAACCUUUAUUAGAGUUUAAGAAUUAUUGUAUUACUUGCUGUAGAAGAACAAGGGGCAAUUCUAUUGAAACAUGGUCCAAAGGGGGCUUAACAGUAGAAAUUGAGCAACAAUCUGCUGGAGGAAUUCAGUGGGUCAGGCAGCAUCUGUGAGAGGAAAGGAAUUGUCAGUGUUUUGGGUUGAAAUCCUUCAGAUGGUUUCACGAUUGGGAGAGUCACAGGUAUGAAUAUAAGACUGAGGUGCAUGGAAACAGGUUCUCUUAAAGGGCAAUGAACCUUUGGAGUUUUGUCCCCCAGAUGGUGGUGGCCACAGAAUCAUGAGAUGUGUUUGGGGUAGAACUGUUUGAAAGAUCAAGGAAUUGAGGGUUAUGGGGGACAGAGAAUUGAAUGGCAGGGCUGGUUUGAAGUCUGGUGACCUAGUUUCUUGUGUAAUAAGAAAUAAUGGAUCUCACUGGUCUAGAUUGUGUAUGUUCUGAGACUUGUUGGUUUAUAUACAGGCCAUUAUAUUGGGCAAUUAAUAGAAUACUGUAGGGACUGAAUAAAAAUGCUUAAAUGACCUGUAAAGUCUUUUCUCUCCAAAAUAUCUCUAGCGCAUCCAGUUAUCUUUGCCAGAAGGCUGUCUGUGUAUCUGAGAAUAUCCUGUGGAAAUCAGUGCACAACUAUGUAUAAUGGCCAGACCAGGCCACCAUUACAUUUCAAUGACAGCAGGUUCUGGAUGCCUAUUCUCUUUUAACUAUGGACAAUUUUUGUGUGCUGUCCUUCUGCUCCGAUAAACAAAAGACUCCAUGAAGAAGUUGUCUCUGUACUUGUAUCACGUGGCAUUGUAUCAAAUCAUUUAUCCAUCAAAUAUGUUGUCAUAGAAAUUUUGUAUUAAAGAAAAAAAAAGCAUCGUUGUUUAAUAUUAUACCUAGUGUCAGUCAGUUAAAUUACAGAUGACCCAUUCUCUGAGAGAAGGUCAUUAUUCUCAAUUCAUUACUAACUUUUGCAAUCAGUAUUGGUGCACCCUGAUUUUUGUGAGGAUCACUUAUUAAACCCAUAAUGUUGUUUUUGCACUGUUAUUUGGAGUGGGCUAUAUAUUCUUGUUUUCAUUUUACAGUUACUUGCACAUUUAUUUGCAUUAUUGCAUAAAACUAUAAGCUGAGUAUAUUAUUUAUUCACAUUGCUUGAUAUGCACAUAUGGAUUUAAGAAAGCCUGAAAAGGUGAUGCCUGAUGUGGUUUUGUGCAGUUAUUGCUGGAGCCCUGGAUGUCGCUUUGUGUAUAACCAUGAGAAUUGCUUUCUUCACUCUCCAGCCAAAUGUCUUGUGGUAUUCAAUGUGUUAAAUUAUCACUACUCUUGAACUGAGGAAAGUUUAAUUGAGGUAGUCUGUGAGUUGCUGUAAUACACCCUGAGGUUAACACACUUCUAAGUGCUGGGGUGAAUAAUUCUGUGGCAGGGAUGCUCAUUAAGCUCAAUGCUUUAUCCAGAAUGGUUUGGAGAUAAUCAGAACAUUUAUUAUGCUUAUCUGACCCAAGUAUUCUUUGAGGUUCUUUACAACCUUAUAUAUUCCACAACUGUAUAUUUUACCUUGUAUGCCACAUGACUUCUGUAUCUCAAAAAAUGUUUACAAGUGAACAGGUGAAGCCUCAUGAAAAAAUUGUCUCAACAGCUUUUAGCUCACUACACUUAAUUUUUCAAUUUAUCUUUUAAAAAAUAACAUUUAUUUCAUACUUUGUGUGGUUAAUUCUGAACAUAUGAAAGGUAAUGUGGAGUUGGCUGACACCCCGACCAAUAUUUUUGGGCCACCUCACUCCUGGAGUAUUGGAUAAGACUCCACUAUCCCUUAAAUUGAAUGCUAUAUCUCAAAUUUCAAGCUUGCCAGCACAGCCUCUGAGUUUGACGUGCACAGGAUAGAAACAAGCCCUUGCUUGAAGAACACCUUCAGGUACUGGUGAAUAAGGGUGAAGUUACAAAGAAGAACACACCCUGAUAUCUCUAGUCAAAAGUAUUUAGGACAGUGAAAAAUAACUAUAUAUGAGCCUUGAGACAGGAUGGACAAUUAUCCAUUUGUCCUACCACAUUCAAUGUUUCUGUAGGGAGCUAUACAUUUUAAAUUCUAAUAAUGAAUAUGGGUAUAAUGUCCAACUAAAUGCUUCUAUUGCCAUAAUCACUAUAUAAAUUAGUAAUUGCUGAUAGCAGGCUCAAGGACAAAAGCUUCCAAAAUAGCCUUGCUAAAAAAAAUCAUGGCCAGAUGCACUUUUACCUUGUGUAAAACAAAAUAAAAAUGGCAGCAUUUUUCUCCUGCCAGUUUUUGUUUCACGAAUAAGCCAGUGAUGAUUUAUCUGAUAAUGGAAUUUAAAGCUAGGCUGUAAAAUAGCACAGACAUAGCUACCAAUGGUACAGGUUUUGCUCUGUUGAAUCCUGUUAGUAUAAGAUAAUUACGAUUGACUGUAAACUGGAUUGAGUGCAUCACAUUAGGUGGCAGAAAAUAAUGGAGAAAAAAAAGCUCAAAUUGCCAGGUGGUAUUUGUGGUAUUACAGGCAGAUUCAUCAUAGACAGGUUUUUUCCCCGCCAAAUCUUGUCUUGUGGUUAAUGUUAAUUUGUAAGAAAAAUCAGGUGUGUAUUAAACCUCAGUGCAACCUCCCUGGAUGAUGUUAAUGAUGUUAACUUAUGACAUCUACAUCCUGUCUUCAAUAAGCUAAUUUCAGUAGCCUGAUGUGGGCCUCUAGCAAGGACUCCAGUAGGCUGUUUAUCUUAUCAAAGCUGCACAAAACCAACAGGAAGUGACAUUUUGUGUUGAAGACUACUAAAACAUCAUUCUUCGACAAUGCUAAAACAGUAUAUAACUUACUAAGCUAUCAGUUUGAAACCAAGAUGUUUCUUUGCCUUAUUGUGGUUGGGGUUUCUCCUGAACUGCUUUUUAUGUAUGCAGUGUUAAUCUCAUAAUAAAGCAAUUUAU